AUGGUGGAGAAGGAUUGGGUGCAUCUUUCCAGAGCUGAUCCUGCGUAUGAGAGAGGGGCUUUGAAUUUUGUACAAGAAGUGGCCGCUGCAUUUGGAGACGUUGACAUGAUAAUAUGUCCUUGCAUUGACUGCCGUAACAUAGAUCGUCACUUAGGAAGUGUUAUAGUUGAUCAUCUUGUCACAAGAGGAAUGGAUGAGGCUUACAAGAUGAGGUCUAAUUGGUAUCUUCAUGGAGAAUUGAAAUCAGGGGUUCAAGAUGAACGGAACCCGAGUCAAUGGAAUGAUGAAAUCUUUGGGUUAUUUCAAGCUGCUGAGUUUACGGAUGAAGAGUUUGCUACAAAGUCUGAUUUGUGCGAGAUUGCAGAGGGCGAGGACAGGGAAGAAGAUGAGUUCCUCGCAAAGCUUGCAAAUGCUGGAACACCAUUGUAUCCAUGUUGUGUGAGCCAUAGUAAGUUGUCUGUAAUUGUAUCGUUGUUUAGACUCAAGACGCAGAAUGGCUUGUCUGACAAAAGCUUCAACGAUCUGCUAGAGACAUUGCCAGAGAUGUUACCGGAGGAUAAUGUGCUACAUACUUCAUUAUACGAGGUGAAGAAAUUUCUGAAAUCCUUUGACAUGGGUUAUGAGAAGACACAUGCAUGUGUCAAUGACUGUUGCCUAUUCCGAAAGAAGUAUAACAAGCUAGAGAAAUGUCCUAAGUGUAUGGCUUCUAGAUGGAAGACUAACAUGCACAAUGGAGAGGAGAUGAAAGGUGUCCCACAUAAGGUGUUACGGUAUUUUCCAAUAAUCCCAAGACUGAAGAGAAUGUUAGACUCAGUAACGUGGGAUCAGAUGGACGAGAAAUAUCCUGCCUUUGCAGCUGAAGAGAGAAACGUUCGGCUAGGACUGUCUACGGAUGGAUUUAAUCCAUUCAACAUGAAGAAUUCUAAGUAUAGUUGCUGGCCAGUUUUGUUAGUGAACUACAAUUUGCUGCCUGACUUAUGCAUGAAGAAGGAGAACAUCAUGCUUACGUUGUUGAUUCCUGGACCGAAACAGCCUGGUAACAGUCUUGAUGUUUACUUAGAACCUCUAAUAGAGAAUCUAGACCACCUAUGGAAGAAUGGAGAACAAACAUAUGAUGCCUUCAGUAAAUGUACUUUCAAUCUUCGAGCAAUGCUGCUUUGGACGAUCAGUGAUUUCCCUGCCUAUGGAAAUCUCGCAGGCUGCACAGUGAAGGGUAAAAUGGCAUGUCCAUUGUGUGGAAAAAACACAAACAGUAUGUGGUUGAAGUUCAGCAGGAAGCAUGUCUAUAUGUGCCAUAGAAAGGGUUUGCCACCAUCACAUAGUUAUAGAGGACAGAAGGCUCGGUUUGAUGGAAAAGCUGAACAUGGGAGGAAGGGAAGGAUAUUAACUGGUCAUGAAAUUUCUCAAAAUCUGAGGAAUUUCAAAAAUGACUUCGGAAAUUUAAAACAAUCUGCAUCUAAGAGAAAAAAACCUGUUUACACCAGACUAGGCUCCGAUAGUGAUGACAGUGAGUCAGAGGGAGAAGAAGAUGAGGAAAUAGAAAUAGACAAGGAGGAAUUAUCCAGAUGGAAAAAAAGGUUUAUCUUCUUCAAGCUUCCUUAUUGGGAGGAACUCCCUGUGCGGCACAAUUUGGAUGUAAUGCAUAUUGAGAGAAAUGUCGCAGCAAGUAUUGUGUCUACGGUGUUACACUGUGGGAAAUCUAAGGACGGUAUCCAAGCUAGAAAGGAUUUAGAGGAUCUCGGUAUUAGAAAGGAUUUGCACCCUUGCACACAAGGAAAAAGAACAUACCUUCCGGCAGCUCCAUGGUCGUUGUCUAAAACAGAAAAGAAAGUCUUUUGCAGGCGGCUUUUUGACUUCAAAGGCCCAGACGGCUAUUGUUCUGAUAUAUCCAGAGGCGUAUCAUUAGAUGAUUGCAAGGUAGCGGGUCUCAAAUCACAUGAUUAUCAUGUGUUAAUGCAACAGCUUCUUCCGAUUGCACUAAGAGGGUUGUUACCAAAAGGUCCUAGAGUGGCAAUAGUACGUUUAUGCGCCUUCUUCAGCCACUUGUGUCAGCGAGUAAUAGAUAGAGAGCAGAUUUUGGUAAUGGAAGCUGAGAUAGUAGAAACUCUCUGCAUGUUAGAACGAUUUUUCCCACCAAGCUUCUUUGAUAUCAUGGUACACUUAACCGUACAUCUAGGAAGGGAAGUUCGACUUGGUGGACCAGUUCACUUUAGAUGGAUGUACCCAUUUGAGAGAUAUAUGAAAGUUAUGAAAGAUUUUGUUAGAAAUCCGGCUAGGCCAGAAGGGUGUAUUGCUGAGUCUUAUCUUGCUGAGGAGUGCAUCCAGUUCUGCAGCGAGUUUUUGAAGAAGACAACAAACGUACAAGAUAAGGUAGAUAGAAAUACAGAGUACGAGAACAGCUCUAUACUAGAAGGUCGUCCUCUAUCUGCAGGCACUACUAUUUGCCUUUCAGAAGCAGAGAUGAAAAUGGCUCAUCUCGCUGUCAUCCAAAAUAUGGCUGUCAUUGAUCCGUAUGUCGAAUACCUCUUGAUUCAGACGAGCAUGGGGAAACACUCAAAUGGUUGGCGUAUGGACCACGUUGCUCUGCACGGUCCAGUAUGUAGGUCUAGUGCGAAAGACACAUCACAGGUGGUUGACUUGGUUUCAUACUAUGGCAGAGUAACAGAUAUUAUACUCGUGGAUUAUAAUGUGUUUUAUGUUCCUCUGUUCCGAUGUCAAUGGGCAGUAAAGGGUAAUGGAGUUAAGGUAGAAGAGGGUUUCACAUUAGUUAACAUGAAUCAUAGUCAAGUCUCUCUUUCAAAGGACCCAUAUAUCUUAGCCUCUCACGCAAAGCAAGUGUUUUACUUAAGAGAAGACGAGUCCUCAAAUUGGCAUGUUGUUAUGCGAGGUCCCUCACGGAGAUACAGUAAGAAAGAGUUUGAUGAUGGACUUGCAGAUUUAGCACCAUUGCCAUCAAAUGUUGUCAUGGAUAUUGACAUGGAUGAAGCAGAAAGUAUUCGGGCUGAUUGUGAAGGCAUAUAUGUUUUAAAUGUAGUUUCUUGA